AAGGGGGAUGGCGGCGCUGCUGAGGCGGCACCAGGGAGGUGGGAGGCUGGCGGGGCGGCCGUGAGUCCUCCCCCGGGCCGGCAGGUUGUUUCUCCUUAACUUAGUUCACCUCCUGCAUGCCGCCGGUGCCGGGAGCGCUGUGGAGUAGGGCACGGGACGCCCACCAUGGCCGAGGCAGGAGCGGGAAGCGCUGAGGGGCCUGAGGAGGACCGGCGGACCACUGAAGAUAACUUUUCAAUAGAUGGAAACCCAUGCAUUUCUUCUGGAGUCCUGAGCCUCAUGAAUCCAAUAACUAAGCCUGCUACCACCACUUCUUUCAACGCUUCUGUGGCGGAGAUUCCCAGGAAGCGCAAAGGAAGUGAUUCUGAUAACCAGGAUACUGUUGAAGUUGAUGGUGAUCCUCAGAAAAGGAGUGAAGAUGAAGAACAUGCCAAAGUAAAAGAUUUCAGAGAGGCUCACAGUCAAACAGAGAAACGAAGAAGAGACAAAAUGAAUAAUUUGAUAGAGGAAUUGUCUGCUAUGAUACCUCAGUGCAAUCCCAUGGCACGAAAGCUAGACAAGCUUACAGUGCUACGGAUGGCUGUGCAACACUUAAAAUCUUUAAAAGGUUCCGGUAGCUCCUAUACAGAAGUCCGAUAUAAACCUUCGUUUUUAAAGGAUGACGAGCUCCGACAGUUAAUCCUUAGGGCUGCAGAUGGAUUCCUAUUUGUGGUUGGAUGCAACAGAGGAAAAAUUCUGUUUGUCUCAGAAUCAGUUUGCAAAAUACUUAAUUAUGAUCAGGCCAGUUUAAUUGGACAAAGUUUGUUUGAUUACUUGCAUCCAAAAGAUGUUGCAAAAGUUAAGGAACAACUUUCUUCUUCGGAUGUCUCUCCUAGGGAGAAGCUCGUAGAUGGGAAAACUGGCUUGCAAGUACACACAGAUUUUCAGACUGGACCAGCUCGACUCAAUUCUGGUGCUCGGCGUUCCUUCUUCUGUCGGAUAAAAUGUAGUAGAACCACAGUCAAAGAAGAAAAGGAGAGUUUGCCUAAUCUGAAGAAGAAAGAUCACAGAAAAUACUGUACCAUACACUGUACUGGGUAUCUGAAGAACUGGCCUCCUAAUGAGGUGGGAGUAGAAGAGGAAAAUGAUGUAGAAAAGGACAGUAGUAACUUUAACUGUCUUGUUGCAAUCGGAAGGUUACAUCCUUAUAUUGUUCCACAAAAGAGUGGAGAGAUAAAAGUCAAAGCAACAGAAUUUGUUACACGGUUUGCCAUGGAUGGAAAAUUUGUUUAUGUAGAUCAGCGUGCAACAGCAAUUUUAGGGUAUCUGCCACAAGAGCUUCUAGGAACUUCUUGUUACGAGUACUGCCAUCAAGAUGAUCACAAUCAUCUAGCUGAAAAACAUAAAGAAGUGUUGAAGAAUAAAGAAAAAGUAUUUACAAAUUCCUACAAAUUUAGAGCAAAAGAUGGAACUUUUGUUACUUUAAAGAGUCAGUGGUUUAGUUUCAUGAAUCCAUGGACCAAAGAACUGGAGUACAUUGUAUCAAACAACACUGUGGUAAUAGGUCAUAACGAGUCAGCUGAAGAACAAGUCCUGUAUGGUUCCCAGCCUGCAGAAGAUGCUUUAAAACAGUCUUUAGUAAGUGUACCUGGAAUGUCCUCUGGAACAGUUCUUGGUGCUGGAAGUAUAGGAACCGAAAUUGCAAAUGAAAUACUAGAAUUGCAAAGGUUGCAUUCUUCACCAUCUGGGGAGUUAAGUCCAUCACAUCUCUUGAGAAAGUCUCCUUCUCCAGCUUUAACUGUAAACUGCAGCAAUAUACCAAAUAAAGAGCUGAUUCAGUUAUGUCCUUCGGAAACAGAAGUUCUAGAGACUUCAGAACAAAACCAGGGUGCUAUUUCAUUUCCUAGUAAUGAACCUCUCCUCAGUGGCAAUUCCCAGCUGGACUUUGAUGCAAUAUGUGAAAAUGAUGACAGUGCUAUGACGGCUCUGAUGAAUUACUUGGAGGCUGAUGCAGGACUUGGAGAUCCAACUGAACUCAAUGAUAUACAGUGGGCUCUCUAGUUCUUUUUUUUCAAACGGAGAAGGAAUGUAAAAUCCAUAAUGCACAACAACCAUACAUCCUCAGUACUGUAUUAUAAUUUUUUAAUGUUUCUUUUCAGUUUGUACUUGCUGUCUAUAUAUUUUUAAAGACUGAAGCCUUGUUCAGAGAGAAGACAGUUUCUGCUGCACCUAUGGAAAAAUGCAAUAUCUUUUUUCAUGAUGGGGAAAUUUUAAUAUCGAACCAUCUGUAACUCGAAUGCUCAAAACACAUUACUAUAUUUUUGCUAAGAAGCUUUAACCAAAAGGUACUGUACAAUGUACGGGAAUAUUUUUUUCUUAGUUUUAAUACUUCAACUUUUAAUUUUUGUUUCAAAUGGUAGAAUAUUGAUUAUCCAUCUUACUCUCUGUAGAACCUACUGUACUUACACAAUUUAGGAAUAUUUAUAACUGUUAAAUUUUACUGAAAUGACAAUUCACACACACUACAGUUGUGAAAUAAGGUAUUAUAAUUCUCGAAUGAUGUGGUUUGUGAUUCCUUGCCCUUUUCAGAAGUGCAAUUUUUGUAGGCAGAAGUGAACAUAAAGCAUACAGUUCUGGGAGGGAAGGUUUGAAUUAGAUCACUGUAACAAUCAGAAGAGAGAAUGUCACUUCCUCAGUAUGCAAAUGUGAUAAAGAUAUAAGAAAACAGCAACAAAAUCUUAAUUCCUAUUUUAUAUUCUUUGUAAUGUGUUGUUAGAGGGGCAGUGCGUAGAACCUAAGAAAAGUAAGGCUAUAACUGUCAUGAAGCACUUUGGUCUCAUAACUAGAGAAGUUUAGAUAGAUUGUUUUGGUUUGGGAUUGAGGCUGGCACUGUCUAUUAGUGAAAAAAAAUCUUAAAAUUCUAUAGUAUAUUUUAUAGUUUAUAUGCUUUUUGAGAGAUUUGGGUGAUUUUUCUCUGCUUGAGUCUGUGACUUUUUAAAAUAUUUGUGUAAUAUAGUGCUGUCUAAGUAAAUGCUCUACAGGAUCAUCUUUUGAGGACCAGCUUUUGCAGGAAUUGUAUUGCAGUUGCAGCAAGUUACUGGAGAACAUGGCACUUAGUAGGUUGUGUUAGAACAAUACAGCAUUGAUAUUUAAAGUCGAUCUUUUUAUCUAUGGUAUUAAAGGUUUAGACAAAUUCUCGCAUAGAUUAUAUAUCAUAAAAGCAUAAUUUUUCCGUUGUUUGUUAAAUUUGGGUAACGAGAGGAAGGCAUUUGAAGGUAGUCGAUCCGUGUGUGUAUUUUUAACCCGGGCAUCGCCAUAAGCACGGUUGCAUCUGUGGUUGCAGCAUGCUGAAGGUGGACGCUGGGCAGUCCGAGCCGCAUGUGGAAGCCACUAGGUGUCAGACGUCGACCACUGCCUGACUGGCCGCCAUUCCCCAGCGAACCGGCACCCGAGGUCGGCAGGCACUGACUUCCCACGCUUUGGCACAGCAGCUUUAUAUCUUAUAGAUAUGAAUCCUUUAGCAAACGAUGACUUUUUUGGUGACUUCUUGCCCAAGUUUUCUAGAAUAGCUUGUUGGAUUGAUUUUUUUUUCUUUUUUUCUUUUUCUUUUUUUUUUUUUUUUUUUUUAAGAUUCUUUGCAUUUAACUUGCAUGGACUUUCCUGCAUUCAAACUUGUUUUUUACAGAUAUGGGGCCAAAACUGUCUGUUCUCUAGCUUUAUUAGAAUAAUUUUUUCUGUUUUGUCACAGAAAAUGAAUUUUGGACUAUAUCAUGCAGCAAAGUGAAAAAAAUAAACAGGUACUUUCAAAGAAUUGAUGGAAUUCUGUAUAAAUGAAAUCUGAGAGUUUCAAUCUUUGCCAUUGGAAAAUAUCUUUCCUUUUUUCUAUUUUAUUCUAGAAAGCAAUUCUAAAUAAAACAAGAAAUACUGUAGCUAACACAGAUGAAUAAAUAAAUAGCUUAAAAUUAUACAGACUUUCCUCAA